AUGCAGAUUUUCGUUAAAACUCUUACUGGCAAAACUAUAACCCUUGAGGUCGAGUCUUCUGAUACUAUUGAUCAAGUUAAAACAAAAAUCCAAGACAAAGAGGGAAUGCAAAUUUUUGUCAAGACCUUGACUGGUAAAACCAUUACCCUUGAGGUUGAAUCCUCUGACACCAUCGACCAAGUUAAAACAAAAAUCCAAGACAAAGAGGGUAUCCCACCGGAUCAGCAACGAAUGCAAAUAUUUGUUAAAACUUUAACCGGAAAGACAAUUACCCUUGAAGUAGAAUCUUCAGAUACCAUCGACCAAGUUAAAACAAAAAUUCAAGAUAAGGAAGGUAUCCCUCCAGAUCAGCAACGUCUCAUUUUUGCGGGAAAACAACUUGAAGAUGGUCGUACAUUAUCGGACUACAAUAUCCAAAAAGAAUCGACUCUUCACCUUGUAUUACGUCUUCGUGGAGGAAUGCAAAUCUUUGUUAAAACUUUAACCGGAAAGACAAUCACCCUCGAAGUAGAAUCCUCUGACACAAUUGAUCAAGUUAAAACAAAAAUUCAAGAUAAGGAAGGUAUUCCACCGGAUCAGCAACGUCUUAUUUUUGCGGGUAAACAACUCGAAGAUGGCCGUACCUUGUCCGAUUAUAAUAUUCAAAAAGAAUCAACACUUCAUCUUGUAUUACGUCUUCGUGGUGGAAUGCAAAUAUUUGUAAAAACUUUAACUGGCAAGACUAUUACUCUUGAGGUUGAAUCAUCUGAUACUAUUGAUCAAGUUAAAACAAAAAUUCAAGAUAAAGAAGGUAUUCCACCAGAUCAACAGCGUUUAAUUUUUGCUGGUAAGCAAUUGGAAGACGGUCGUACUCUUUCCGACUAUAACAUCCAAAAGGAAUCAACACUUCAUUUGGUACUUCGUCUUCGUGGUGGUCAAUAA